UGCAAUAUUAGCUCAACUGUUCUUCAAGAAUCCAUUACUUGGUAACCAUGAGCCAUCAAUCCACCGGCGGAUUCUCCAAGCAAAGCUGCCAUGUCCCCAGACAUGUCUCUUCGGUCCAUCUUGGAAACUUCCAUAAGAAACACCAUGGAGACUCCCACCUCUCCCUUCAUGGAGGAUGCCAUCUUUCACAGCAUGGAGGUCACUACAGAGCUCCAAGCGUACACGGAGGAUCAGGAGGUAAAUGCAUCUCAGUCUCCAAGCAUUCCUCAUUGAGCCACGGUAGCCAUAAUCAUGGUGCCCACUCUAAUAAUCAUUUUGGGAGCCACGCUGGCUGGAACAAUGAUGGCCUGUUGAAGGUGAACGAGAAGGAAGCAAUGCAGGUUCUGAAUGAUCGACUUGCAUCAUAUCUUGAGAAGGUCCGCUCACUGGAGAAUGAGAAUAACCAACUGGAGAGGAAUAUCCGAGAGUGGUAUGAAAAACAUCAACCCACUGCUUUACCUGACUUCAGUAACUACUUCAGGACCAUUCAAGAGCUCCAGGGACAGAUCUCUGCAGCCACUGUGGAAAAUGCCAGGAUUGUUUUGCAGAUAGACAAUGCCCGGUUGGCUGCUGAUGACUUCAGAAAUAAAUAUGAGAUGGAGCUCAGGCUGAGGAACAGCGUGGAGGCAGAUGUCAAUGGUCUACGCAGAGUUCUAGAAGGACUGACUGCAGAGAUACGUGACCUUGAGGCGCAGGUCCGCGACCUUCAGGAAGAGCUUCAGCAAAUGAAGAGGAACCACGAGGAGGAAGUGAAUGCUCUGAGAGCUCAGCUGGGACAGAGAGUCAACGUGGAGGUGAAUGCUGCUCCGUCCAUAGAUAUGAACAAAGCCUUGUCCGAGAUCCGACAACAAUAUGAAAACCUGAUGGACAGGAACCUGAGGGAGGUCGAGAGCAUGUUCCUGCAGAGAACUGAAGAGCUGAACCGUGAAGUAGCAUCUGGUUCUGCACAGCUACAGUCCGUUCAGACUGAAGUCAUUGACCUGAGACGCACUGUCCAGACCCUGGAGAUCGAACUACAGACCCAGCUAAGCAUGAAAUCCGCUCUGGAGGGCACCUUGGCAGAGACCGAAGCCACCUACAAUUCCCAGCUCUCCCAGUUACAAGAUAUGAUCCAUGCCGUGGAAUCCCAGCUGGCACAGAUCCGAUGUGACCUGGAGCAGCAGAACCAAGAGUACAAGAUCCUCAUGGACCAGAAGACCCGUCUGGAGAUGGAGAUUGCCACCUACAAACGCCUACUGGAAGGACAUGACAUCCAUGUCUCCGGUCACACUGCCGUAGAUGGAAAACAUGGAUCUCAUCACAGCUAUCAGAGCACCCAGCAUGACCAUCACAAGUGUUAAACAUUUGGGAGAGAAGAUGAGAGGUGAAACCAGCAAGAAAAGCUGCGUGGAAUGCAAAGUUUCGACUCUCAAGACCAAGCUGCUUUGUUUAGUUUAAUAUAGUUUGCUAAAUCUCAUAGAACGUUCUUUUAUAGAACAAGCAAAGUUCUGGAUGACGCCUCGCUUAGCGCAAUUCAAUCUUGAUGUCUUGAUAAGCGUGAUACAAUUCAGGGCUCAUCUUUCCCAAAGAUGUUCUUCUUAAAUAUGGAAUUUAAAUUAAUUAAAUAUAUUGAUUUUCUGUUGCUAAACAUUCGAACGAUUACAGAGAGAUCAUGGUUUAUCUCUUCGUAGAUGUAGACGUUACCUUUUUGCACACUUGACCAAAAUGAAAAAUAAUAAUAUGAUGAUCCACAGAAUAUUUUUAAUUACUUCAAUUCAUUGUAACGUGCUUUUUAGGAUAACCAAGACGAUAUUUGCCUGUACUGCCUAUUUUCUGCAAAUUUUCUCAAAUAAAGCAACUCGCAGAAUGCAA